CCAGGUGCGUGGAUCAACAGGUGAACUGGUCUAUUCAUAACUCUGCUGCAUUAAGGAUUUACUAUAUCAUAUUAAAACGCUGGAGGAACUAGGUAUCUUGUUUUGACCUGCCUCUGGUGUUGCCUGAGAUGGAAAUGAUGGCCCGACUGUGUCACAUACCAAAUGAGUCUAUUCGAGGAGAGUGGACUGUCAUGUCCCCGUCUUUCCAGGAGGUCGAUCUGGAGGUGAUCGAGGAGUAUCUCCAAGAGCAUUCCCUGGAGGUCCAGCCUAUCCCCCCAACCACCUCACCUCCUGCUGCAGUGGGCCAGCACACACACACCCAGCACUUACAGGCUACUAGGGUCAUCGAAUACAGUAAAAACAGCUGGUCUGGUCUGCAUGCAUAUGAGUGGCACUGUGGACCUCAAACUCCAAAUGAGAAGUACCCUCAGCUAGGCCCCCUUCCAGCCUGGUCUAGCCCACAGGAGAAUCACUGGGAUCGUAUUAUACAUCCCUAUAAGACACCAUAUGAAGACUCAGAUUCCCAGUCCAGUAGUUCUCAGUUUCAGGAAUACCCGGAUUUUCCAUCUCCAACUUCAGACACAGAAGAUGGGAAAAAGCAAGACUUAAAUCUAGCGCCACUCUCAGGAAAGAGAAAAGAGCGCUUGUUCCAGUUCCUGUUUGAGAUGCUGCAGAAUCCAUCCAUGCGGAACUGUAUUUGGUGGGUUCAGUCGUCCACAGGCACAUUCCAGUUCUCCUCCCAGAACAAGGAACGUUUAGCAGAACUCUGGGGCCUGAGGAAAGGAAACCGCAAAACCAUGACGUACCAGAAGAUGGCGCGCGCGCUAAGGAAUUAUUCCCGUACUGGAGAAAUCCAGAAGGUGAAGAGAAAACUCACUUACAGAUUUGAUGAAAAGACACUGAAAGGACUGCAGGGCGCAUCCACUAAUGUCUAAACAGGUGCUCUGAGUAGUUUAUAUGGGAACAAAUUGGCAUAACUCAAAACUGUUAAAGUUAAUUAUGAACAGUUCAUCCAUUUGAAAUAAAACAAUGAUUUAAUAAUACAAUGAUCAUUUAUCACCAUCAUCUACUCUUAAUUCAUUACUGGUGAAUCUAAAUUAAAUCAUUAAGGCCAUGCAAAUGGUUUUAGUAAAAUGUUUGAAUACUGAGUAUUCACAAUAAAAGCGGUUUCUAGUGGAUAGUCAUAAAAAAUGGCUUCCAAGAUUUUGUAAAUCCAAAACACCUACUUUAUAAGUAGCAAUGUAUUGUUAAAAUAACUUUUUAUUGUUGUCUUGCAGAUAGCAUUCAUAUUUUUUAUAUGUUUUUCCAUAAAUAUUUUCUUUUUCUGUUUUCACACAUUUAAAUAAAUGCCAUGAUUUUUAAAACAA